AUGAAACAGCUGCCAGCAGAAACUAUUCGUCUCCUUUCAAGUUCUCAGGUGAUUACGUCGGUUGUCAGUGUGGUGAAGGAGCUGAUAGAAAAUUCCUUGGAUGCCAAUGCCACAAAUAUUGAUAUUAAACUAGAGAAUUACGGGUUUAACAAAAUAGAAGUAAGAGACAAUGGCAAUGGAAUCAAGGUUGCUGAUGUUCCAGUUAUGGCAGUUAAACACUACACCUCAAAAAUAAGCUCUUCUGAGGACCUUGAAAGGUUGACAACGUACGGUUUCCGUGGGGAGGCUUUAGGAUCAAUUUGCUGCAUAUCAGAGGUUUUGAUCACAACAAAGACGGCUGCUGAUGAUUUCAGCACUCAGUAUGCUUUGGAUAACAAUGGGCAUAUAACUUCUAAAAAGCCUUCCCAUCUUGGGCAAGGUAGGAUAUCAUUGUUCAGUGUUGUGCUGUGA